CAUGAUCAAAACACUACCUCGGAACAGGAAGUAGCCUGUUGGAGGCUAACACAAGCUAACGACCUUCUGUCCAGAACCUGACUAAGUGCUGCGCUCAUGUCAGCUACUUUCUAACGACAGAGUCAUGCCACAGAAAGAUCCCUGUCAACAGCAAGCGUGUGCAAUCCAGAAGUGUUUACAAGCUAACAAAUACAAUGAGAGUAUGUGUGAGGAUGUGAUCAGGAAAAUGCGACGCUGCUGUCAGGCGCAGACUACAGUGUGAGUCCCACAAGCUACAUGCUGCACAAGACCCAUACUCCUGCCCGCUGCGAUUUCACAAAGCACGGAGUUCAGAAGCAAUAGGAGACGAGCAGGCGAGAAGAACUAAAAACAAGCUUUCCUUCACAACCAGUCAUGACUUGACACCAAAACAAUUGAUCUGACAGGCAGCAUACAGUGACCACAGUGAAGUUGACUCACUAUAAUAAAUACUAUUUACUUCUGAUUUGUUUUGUGUACGUAUCCAGGAAAUUUACACGUGUUUUGGCUCCAAAGUUGCAAAAGACAAGAGGUUUGGAAGCAGAUUUGAACUUGAUGCAACUAUAACUUCUAAUGUGUAUCAAUAACUAUACAUCAGAAGUGAUAGUAUUCAUUCUGUGCACAUUUUUGCUCUUCACAGAUAACAUUGUAGAUAUUAAAAGUGAAAAACAGACAAUAUAUUGGUGAGGUUUUACUGUGUGUCUACAUUACUCCUGUUUGCUGUGGUAUUUCCAAGCUCAUAAUAAAACCACUGCAGUGCACAAGCA